AUGGACCGACAGUUCACUCUAAGCUACGACACAAAAACCUAUCACGACGUUGUCCGCUCGCAGAAGGGCAAUAACACGAAAGCGGAAGCUCGUUUCAAGCGUCAAUUCUCGACUUUGGAUCAGCCGGACCUCCAGGUUCUCCCGUUCACGGUAUGGGAUAUUACAGGACGGGCAGAACUAUGGUCGAUAUCUCAUGCGAUUACGGAAGAGCUAGAGGCUGUGAUACGGCAGCUGGUCACGCACUUGAGGUUUGUUCUAACCCAACGAGGUCCUCGCAACGGCAGUAAGAAAUGGCGUGACAUGGAACAGUACUUUCGACAUCCGGAAUUUUGCAAGGAAUUCGCAUCCGGUGUACUGGACCUGUCGGCGGCAUGGCAGAUGCAGGGUCACGAGCAUUUCGAGGCGGAUAUGUUCCCGUCCCGCGACUUCGCAAGGAAGGGCAAACCUCCCAAUGCUAUGCAAAGGGCAACGCAGGCCUUUGUUCAGGGCCUAUCGACUACCGCCGUCGUGAUCUCUGCAGCCCUGGGGAUCGCUCACCCCGAGCAAUAUGAGCUUACGCGUCGUUAUCUAAAAGAAGUCGCCUCCGAUCCCGAAUUCACCGACACGGCGUCUCAGUGGGGUUUUGCGUUCUCGGUUCUUACAAUCGUUGCGAACCGCUCCACGCCGAUUCAUAGGGACAUACGCAGUGGUGGGAGGGAGCUAUACGAUGCGCUGCUGACCAUAGGGGGGGGACCUCAUACGGUCAUAGAGUUUCCCAGUAUGGGAUUGCGUGUCCAGUACGACACACGGACGCUCGUCCUGUUCUCGGGCAACGUGCAUCCACAUGGAGCGUCGGUCAGUAGGGAGGAGCGCGUCUGUCUGGCAUUUUAUGCUCGCAAGGCGAUGCUGCACAAACAUUCACUUCCCUUACCCAGUUGCCCUCGGCUACAUACAUUAUUAGAUGGGACAUUUGCCAGGAUGCAGUAA